AUGGCGUCUACCAGCGGCUUAACUCGCCGGCGAGGAGCUGGUCGAGGAGAUGGCGGUGCUGAGAGCGGCAGAGUGGCUUCGCCGGCGUCAUUAAACGGGGCAUCCCAGGAAAGCCGUGGAGAGUCUUCGUUCACCGGCGAGAAUGGACACAAAAUUGCAUUUGACCCGAGAGAUAUCAGUGAGAAUGAGGAGCGGAGUAAGCAACCAAAGCUCACACUUAUGGAAGAGGUGCUGCUCUUGGGCCUGAAAGAUAAGCAGGGAUACUUAUCAUUUUGGAAUGAAAACAUCUCAUAUGCACUACGAGGUUGUAUUGUGAUCGAACUGGCAUUCCGAGGUCGAAUCAGUAUGCAAAAAGACUCAUCGAGGCGGCGGUUUCCCCUUGCAGACCGGAUAAUUGAGGUUAUCGAUGAUACCUUGACUGGAGAAGUCUUGCUGGACGAGGCAUUGAAGAUGAUGAAAGCUAGUGAGAAAAUGAGUGUGAGCUCCUGGAUCGACCUUAUGAGCGGCGAGACCUGGAAUCUGAUGAAAAUCGGCUACCAACUGAAGCAAGUACGAGAACGGCUUGCCAAAGGUCUAGUCGACAAAGGCGUCCUCCGAACCGAAAAACGCAAUUUCCUGCUCUUUGAUAUGGCCACACACCCGGUCGCCGACGGCGGCGCAAAGGAAGAACUACACAAGAGAGUCCGCAACAUCUGCAGCAGCCGCACUGUCAUGCUGCCCCCGAACCAGUUCCUCCCAGAAGAUAUUGAAUUCAGGUAUCUACGAACUAUCGCAUUGGUGUGCGCUGCAUAUGCUGCGAAUGUGCUGGAAAAUGCGCUUGUAACCAUGGGCCAUGAGGCUAGGGAGCGGGCCUUUGCGCAGGUCGAUGAGCUGUUAGCCGAAUAUUCACAGUGGCCAUUUGUGUCGAAUAAGGGCGCUGGCGCACAUGUUAUUGGAGCUAAUCUACCACAGGCUGUGGCAGAAGAGGUUGAAAGGGCCAAGGAUAAGGAACUCCAGCUUGAGGUUGUGGCUGCAUGUUUAGGUGUAUUCACUCGCCUUGACUCCUUGCUUUAA